CCAACCUCCGCCACCACGUUCAUUGUCCUCAUCCUAUUAUAGGCGCAUUACCGCUUCAUUGGACGUCGCAAUAAACCACCAUGGCGUCUACAGUGCAAACAGCACUGCGCAAGCUCCUCCCUUCGAAACUCCCGCCCUCACUCUCUCCUCAUCCCGGCAGUCUCUACGAGGUCCUAUCGCGAUACCCGCAAGAUGGUGUUGGCCAGCGUGUAUACCAGACACGUUGGGGUGCUAAAGGGAUCGAGGGGAGUUACUGGGAGGUUACGCGGACGAAGCUGAAGGCCGAGGGUCAGCACGGAAAAGCGUGGGGCGUCUUGGUCUGGAAAGGCAAGCGUGUAGGCGAGCAGGACGAACAGAUCCGUGGAGGACUCAAGUACAGAUGGGCUGUCGGCGCGUCACAAACGAAGCCGGGUUUCAAGCCUCUACCCCCGUCUACAUCAUGAUACUACACCGCUCUUCCUUUUGUACGCAUCCUAUGUCGCCUAAUCACCAUGCGUUGGCACGCUUUUC